AGUGAUAUCUAAUGUUACUUUUCUUCAUAUCUAGUUUUUCACAAAACAUUCUCUUUAAUAUCUAGCUACUCAAAUAUGAAGUUUCUUAUUAUUGUUUGUAUCAUGAUCUUGUGGGCAUGUGCUAUGUCUCGCACACUCUAUGAAUCAUCUGUUGCCGAAAAACAUCAGCAAUGGAUGAUCAAACACGGACGCACAUACACAGAUAGUGUUGAAAUGGAGAAACGCUUACAAAUAUUCAAAGAGAAUUUGGAAUUCAUAGAAAAAUUUAACAAUGCUGGUAACAAGAGUUACAAGCUUGGCCUAAAUCCAUAUUCUGAUUUGACUAGUGAAGAGUUUAUUGCUUCACAUACCGGAAUUAAGAUUCCAAACCAACUUUCUUCCUCCAAGUUGGGGUCAAAUGCAAUACUGUUCGAUGUUAAUGAUGAUGUUCCAACCAACUUAGACUGGAGAGAACAGGGAGCUGUCACUGACGUUAAGUACCAAGGCAAUUGUGGAUGUUGCUGGGCAUUUUCAGCUGUGGCAGCUGUAGAAGGUAUUACGAAAAUCAAAGCUGGUAACUUGAUCUCAUUGUCGGAGCAACAAUUGCUUGACUGUGAUCAACAGAGCCAUGGGUGUGGUGGAGGUUAUAUGGAUAGUGCCUUCCAAUCUAUAAUACAAACCAAUGGUAUCGCUAGUGAAGCAGAUUAUCCAUACCAAGAAGUUCAACAAACAUGCCAAAAAAAUGAUCAGAUGGCAACCGCAGCUCAAAUAACUAGUUUUGUAGAUGUACAUGCUAAUGAUGAACAACAACUACUACAAGCUAUAGCACAACAACCAGUAUCAGUUGGAAUCAAAGUUGGUAGUGAAUUUCAGUCAUACAAGGAAGGCAUAUAUUCCGGAACAUGUGGAACAUCCUUCAACCAUGCAGUUACAGCAGUUGGUUAUGGAGUAACGGGAGAUGGAACAAAGUAUUGGUUGAUUAAGAAUCAAUGGGGUAAAGAUUGGGGUGAAGGAGGGUACAUGAGGGUGUUGAGGGAAAAUGGUGACCCUGAAGGUCAAUGUGGCAUUGCUGCACAUGCUUCUUAUCCCACUAUAUAGUAAUACUUUCAAAUGAAUUUCACUGUACCAGUUCUUGUUGUGUUGCUAUACGUAACUAUAAGUGAUGUAGUUUUGUCCAAGUUUUCCUUAUUCUGAAGCUCUUGGCUUCUUCGUGUUUGUGCUUCUAUUGUGAUGAAAUUAAUCUUAUUUAUAUAAA